UUAACCCUUGCCUCUCCUGUGUUCUCACUAUUGAGGAAGUGAAUCUUUUGGGUUGGGUCCUGAAGUGCAGAGUUGUCAAGUUGUAUACGGGAUUUAAUAUACGGGAAUAACACUGACAGACGGACAUUACUGUUAAAGAUCGCAAGACCAGAAGUUUGAUACCACAACACCAACUGCAAAGAUGAAUGAUCAACAGCUGGAUUGCGCCCUGGAUUUAAUGAGGCGCCUGCCCCCUCAACAAAUUGAGAAGAACCUCAGCGAUCUCAUCGACCUGGUGCCCAGUUUAUGUGAGGAUCUCCUUUCCUCAGUAGACCAGCCCCUUAAGAUUGCCAGAGACAAAGCAGUGGGCAAAGACUACCUACUCUGUGACUACAACAGAGAUGGAGAUUCCUAUAGGUCUCCAUGGAGUAAUAAAUAUGAACCACCAAUUGAAGAUGGUGCUAUGCCAUCUUCUCGCUUGCGCAAACUUGAGGUAGAGGCAAACAAUGCCUUCGAUCAGUACCGAGAUCUGUAUUUUGAAGGAGGAGUGUCUUCUGUCUACCUGUGGGAUUUGGAUCAUGGUUUUGCAGGUGUCAUCCUAAUCAAGAAGGCUGGUGAUGGAUCGAAGAAAAUCAAAGGUUGCUGGGAUUCCAUCCACGUCGUGGAGGUGCAGGAGAAGUCUGGAGGCCGUUCAGCCCACUACAAGCUGACCUCAACAGUAAUGCUGUGGCUUCAGACCACAAAGUCUGGCUCUGGCACUAUGAACCUCGGGGGAAGUCUCACAAGACAGAUGGAGAAAGAUGACAAUGUUGGAGAUUCUGCCCCUCAUAUUGCCAACAUCGGACGCCUAGUUGAAGAUAUGGAAAAUAAGAUUCGCUCAACCCUUAAUGAGAUCUACUUUGGAAAGACAAAGGACAUUGUCAAUGGGCUCAGAUCUAUUGAGUCUUUGCCUGAUAACCAAAAGUUCCGUCAGCUCCAGAAAGAGCUGUCUCAAGUCCUCACCCAGCGCCAGAUCAUUCAGCCUGAGGACUAGGGCUGUAGGACUGUUCAACCUCUGGCAGACAAGUCCAAACAAGAAGCUCUGCAAAUGGACCUGAUUAAACACAUGAAACAACGCAAACAGCUGGGUUAGAGGGACCCACGUCCUCUCUGUGUCACCCUCCCACUCCCACUCUUUCAGUUUCUCCUGUCUUUGCCGCCACCUGUGACUUGUCCUCAAAGUGAGAAUCUUUCUCACAUAUUCUGGGCCUGCCCAGCAUGACAACUUUCUUUGUUGCCUGUGGUCAUUAUGGAUUUUAUGUAAAAAUGUACAUUUAAUUUUGCUGCGCUCCCUUCUUUAUGAUGCAGUUAAAACUAAGGAAUGAACUUUCGGAAGAGUUUCAUGGUUUGUGAAAUUAUGAACAUGAACAUUUGUUGAACCCCUUGUAAAUGGGCAUUCAAAGGCAGAUUAUGACCGCAUAUAUUAUUACCGCUUUUGAGGUUCUUUUAAGAUUCGUAAACGGUACAAAAACUGAUUGCAAUAGUCAACUUAUUCAUCCUACUGAAAAGAAAUAUUGAGUGAGUUUUAUUUUUAAGCAAGUAUGUAUAUUAUUUAUAUAGACAUUUAUUUCUCCGCUGACUGGCAGCUGGGGAAGAAGCAUCUUUGUCCAAAAGCCAAUAUUAUUUUUGUAUAAGUAUGAAUGAAAAGUACUUGUUCACAGUACUUGUACUGUACAGUACUGUGUCUUGUUACGUUUGGUUUUAAGUCAGCUGUACAGCUUUUACUGAUCCAUCCCUCUUUGAGAUAGGUCAGUCUGGAAAACCUUAAUUGUAAAUGCUGUAUGUGCUACUGUCCAAUUUCGUUCUUCACUCUUGAUAUGGUUGAGGUGUGGGGGAUGGGAUGGGAGAGGUUGUAGGUACAGAAUAUAGGUAACAUUUUGCCUAUGUUGAACAUAUAGGCAAUAAAGUAGAAAAUAAAAUUAUAUCGCAUGAA